GGCGGGAUCGAGUCCAGCAAGCGUAGCAAGUUUGAAGAAGCAGAGUUGAAGUCAAAUCAUUUUAUCAACAAAAUGUUCCAUAAAAUAAUUGACUUGACUGUCAGAGACGUGAGAUUCCCGACGUCUUCGGAGCAGCAUGGCUCAGAUGCUAUGCACACUGAUCCGGAUUACUCUGCUGCAUAUGUUGUUAUUAAUACAGACUGUAAUGUGAAAGGGUUUGGCCUCACAUUCACUCUAGGAAAAGGCACAGACAUUGUGGUUUGUGCAGUGAAAUCUCUGUCAAGCCUGGUCAUUGGAAAGUCUCUACAAGAUAUUGUAGGUGACUUUCGAGGAUUUUACCGCCUCCUGAGCAGUGACAGCCAGAUGAGAUGGUUGGGUCCAGAGAAAGGGGUCAUGCAUCUGGCUACAGCUGCUGUCCUGAAUGCUGUAUGGGACCUGUGGGCACGAGUUGAAGGAAAGCCUCUGUGGAAGCUACUGGUUGACAUGGAACCAAAGCAGAUUGUGUCAUGCAUCGACUUCAGAUACAUCACUGAUGCACUGACAGAAGAGGAGGCUUUGGACAUCCUGAUGAAAGCACAAGAGGGCAAACGGCAGAGAGAGGAGCAGAUGCUGAAAGAGGGCUAUCCUGCAUACACAACGUCAUGCGCCUGGCUAGGAUACCCAGAUGAGCAGCUCAAACGGCUGUGCACAGAUGCUCUUAAAAGCGGCUGGACCAAGUUUAAAGUGAAGGUUGGGGCAGAUCUCGAGGAUGAUAAACGUCGCUGCCGUCUCAUAAGGGACAUGAUUGGACCAGAAAAUACACUGAUGAUAGAUGCCAACCAGAGAUGGGACGUGUCCGAGGCGAUCAGAUGGGUGUCCAAGCUGUCCGAGUUCAGACCUUUGUGGAUUGAGGAGCCCACUUCUCCUGAUGACAUCCUGGGGCACGCUGCCAUCUCCAAAGCUUUGGCUCCACUGGGAAUUGGCGUUGCUUCAGGGGAGCAGUGUCACAACAGAGUAAUGUUUAAGCAGUUUCUCCAGGCUUCAGCUUUGCAGUUUGUCCAGAUAGACAGCUGUCGACUGGGCAGCGUGAAUGAGAACCUUGCUGUGAUGCUGAUGGCACACAAAUUUACAGUGCCAGUCUGUCCACACGCGGGAGGCGUUGGCCUGUGUGAACUUGUCCAGCACUUAAUCUUAUUUGACUACAUCUGCAUAUCUGCAGACCUCAAUAACAGAAUGUGUGAAUAUGUGGACCAUCUACAUGAGCAUUUCACAUGCCCAGUUAUAAUUGAAAAUGCACACUACAUUCCACCAAAGAGUCCUGGAUAUUCGUCUGAGAUGGUGGAGUCCUCUGUCCUUAAACACCAAUACCCAAAUGGAGAAGUGUGGAAGCCAAAAUAGCCUAAAGUUCUUUUAUUUACAAAUAAACACAAGAUAACAUUAACAAAUAUA